GUGGUACACAUCUGUAGGUAGCACAAGUUGGAACACUGGCAUAGUUAUCUCGGCCAAGUCCAAAUCGUUACGUCGUAAUGUUGCGAAACUGAUUUAGUAACACGGGUAGCCAACGCACGUCUGUAUCUCCGGUAGGCCUUGUUUUGUUUUUUUUGGUCAAAUAACAAUAAUUAGAACAGGGUUUGUGGCUAACACAGCUAAACACAAGAUACCUGCUCAUUUCACCUUUGAUACUUCUGAGCUCGAUGUUUUCUCACGGGGGAUUUGUACAGUUAACAGUCAGGAGGAUUUGCGAGUGGGUAAGGACAGACCAGAGGAGGUACGCACUCAGUUUCUUUGCCAUGGGGAACACCCACAGUAAUCACCUUGGGAUCCCUCCAGCGAAGGGCCCCAACGCUGUGGGCUGCACUGACUUCAUGAUGGACCACACUGCAAAGGGCAGCUUCUUCCGACUUUACUAUCCUUGCCAGGAGACUGAAAGAGCAGAAAAGCCAGACUGGAUUCCAUGCAGAGAGUAUUUUAACGGUCUGGCAGACUUCAUCAAAAUCAACAGGACUCUUGGUGAAAGGAUUUUCAGCUACCUCUUUGGGUCCUUUAAGAUUCCAGCCUACUUGGAUGCUCCAUUUAAAUCAAAUGGAAAAUGUCCAGUAGUCAUCUUCUCCCAUGGCCUGGGAGCCUUUAGGACUUUGUAUUCAGCUAUAUGUGCAGAAUUGGCCUCUCACGGUUUCAUUGUGGCGUCCGUGGAACACAGAGAUCAGUCAGCAUCAGCGACGUAUUACUUUCGUGAGAAGACAGAGUCAGAGAAAGCAAAUGAGAAAGUGCUUAAAAAGUCUGCGUCAGCCCAAAAUAACUUAGUAAAGGAGUGGAUGUACUACAGACCUCUGCAGCAUGGAGAGAGUGAAUUCCCCCUGAGAAAUAAACAGGUGAAACAGAGGGCAGACGAAUGCAUUCUGGCUCUGGAGAAACUCACUGAAAUCAAUUCAGGGAUACCAGUGCAAAAUGUUUUGCAAACACAGUUCGACUGGACAACGCUACAGAACUCCAUGGAUCUGUGCAGGAUAGCAGUGAUGGGGCAUUCCUUUGGGGGAGCAACAGCGAUUGAAGUUCUUUGCAAAGAGGUUAAAUUCAAGUGUGGCAUAGCACUGGACUCCUGGAUGCUUCCUUUAGAUGAUGAGAUCUUUCCUCAAGUGAAGCAGCCUAUUUUCUUCAUCAACUCUGAGAAGUUCCAGUGGGCGGGAAACAUCAACCGCAUGAGGAAGAUGGACUCAGCCAUCACACAGAGGAAAAUGAUCACCAUCAGAGGUACAGUCCACCAGAGCUUCCCAGACUUCACCUUCCUGGCAGGCAACUGGAUUGGGAAGCUCAUGAAGCUGAAGGGAGAGAUCGACCCAGAGAUCGCCAUAGACCUCUCCAACAAAGCAUCACUAGCCUUUCUGCAACGCCAUCUUGGUCUGGAAAAGAACUUUAAUCAGUGGGACCCUCUGAUUGACGGGCAAGAUGAUAACCUCAUUCCAGGAACUAAUGUCAUUGUCCUUCAGUCUGCCAUCUGAACUGCCACUGUGCCUCAUACACUGCAGAAACACCUGGGACUACCUGAACAAUCCUGCCCUGCACAUGGGAGUCAGUGGAACAGUCCCAAAAGGCCAAGUCAGGCUUACUUCUUUCAAAAUGGACUAAAGAUAACAAUUUGGAGUAGUGAUGGAGAAGAAAGCCAAUCUCUACCUCAUCAUCUGGAAAGCUUUGUUUUUCUUGACCAUUAAAACACUCACCAAGUGUGGCA